UGCAUAGAAUCUAACCACAAUGUUAARGGAGUAUAACAUCCUCUAUGAAGUUUUUCAGAAAGGKCUAUUAAAACUCUUCCAAAUAGCUAGCUAUAUUCCAAAAUUAUAUUAAUCGUGACUAUUUAUUUUUUUCCAACCUCCAAUCUUUAAGGAGGUUGUUAAGUCAACCCAUCCAUCUCUUCUCUUCCUCUUCUUCCUCCUGCUAAAACCGUGAAGAGUGGGUGGCUAAAUCACAGGCUGCACGAGCCAUGGGGAGGAGAUUCAAGAAUAUUCCUUUUCAAUCCAUUUCUGACUUUUCUUCUUCUUUUUGAUCAUUUUCUUGCUCGCCAAACUUCCACAAGCCACAAUAAUACUUUUUUAUUUACUUAUUUUCAAAUUCAAUUGAUCCGUUCUUCCCAUAAGUCGCCACCACCUGACGUCGCCGCCGAUCAGCCCCACCACCGUGGUUGGUUUUCAAAUAUGCCAUCUCUUCUUCCUUCCUCUUCAACCACCUGCAACUUCCAUGGAUUCUUCCGUUUCUAGCUUCUCUUCUUCCUCCACUUCCUUCGACUUCAAUUUCUCUGCUCCGGGCCCCGAUCACCACCGCCGCUUUCAGAACGGCGAAUCAUCUCCGUCAUCGGCAAUGGAUCAUAACGGUAGAGAUGCUCCCGGCGACUUUCGUUAUGUUCUGGAAGAUGUUCCUCACUUGACUGAUUAUCUCCCUGACCUCCCUGCAUAUCCAAAUCCUUUACAAGAUAAUCCUGCUUAUUCUGUGGUUAAGCAAUAUUUUGUCGAUGUGGAUGAUGCCGUUGCUCAAAGUGUAAGUAAUCUAUGUUUGAACUCCAAAGUUCUAGAUGGAAUCGUUCUGAAUUUUGUAGGAUUUUGUUCAAAACAGGUUGUUGUUCAUAAGAACACCCCAAGAGGGACACAUUUUCGACGCACUGGACCUCGUCAAAAGGUAUUUUUUGAAUCUGACGAAGUUCAUGCAUGUAUAGUAACUUGUGGUGGUUUGUGUCCGGGCCUUAAUACAGUGAUCAGAGAAAUAGUAUGUGGGUUAUACCACAUGUAUGGUGUCCACAAAGUUGUUGGRAUCGAGGGAGGGUAUAAAGGGUUCUAUGCUAGGAAUACAAUUUCAUUAACACCAAAGUCUGUGAACAACAUCCAUAAACGUGGUGGCACAAUUCUUGGGACAUCAAGAGGUGGUCACAAUACCACCAAGAUUGUUGAUAGCAUCCAGCACAGGGGAAUCAAUCAGGUUUAUAUACUUGGAGGGGAUGGAACUCAGAAAGGGGCUGCUGCAAUUUUCGAGGAAAUUAGAAGGCGUGGCCUCAAAGUUGCAGUAGCUGGAAUUCCAAAGACAAUUGAUAACGAUAUUCCAGUAAUAGACAAGUCAUUUGGGUUCGAUACCGCUGUUGAAGAAGCUCAACGUGCCAUUAAUGCAGCCCAUGUUGAAUCAGAAAGUAAUGAGAACUGUAUAGGUUUAGUCAAGUUGAUGGGUCGCAAUAGUGGUUUCAUAGCAAUGUAUGCGACUCUAGCUAGUAGAGACGUUGAUUGCUGCUUGAUACCAGAGUCACCCUUUUAUCUAGAAGGAGAGGGUGGACUUUUUGAAUAUAUCGAGCAUUGCCUAAAAGAACAAGGGCACAUGGUUAUAGUAAUAGCAGAAGGUGCAGGACAAGAACUUAUUUCCAAAAGCAUGCAUAACAUGGAUAACCAAGACGCUUCUGGAAAUAAGCUACACCAAGAUGUCGGUUUGUGGAUAUCCCAGCGUAUCAAAGACUACUUCAAAGAAAUGAGGAAGAUUGCAAUAGAUCUCAAAUACAUAGAUCCUACUUAUAUGAUCCGUGCAGUUCCUAGUAUUGCAUCAGACAACAUCUUCUGCAGCCUUCUUGCUCAAAGCGCCAUUCAUGGCGCGAUGGCAGGAUACACUGGCUUCACAGUAGGCCCGGUGAAUGGGCGACAUGCUUACAUACCAUUUCAUCGAAUAAUUGAACGACAAAACAAAGUAGUGAUAACCGAUAGAAUGUGGGCAAGACUAUUGUCUUCCACCAACCAACCAAGUUUCUUGCACCCUAAACAUGUCAGUGGUGAGCAGAAUGGCACAAAUCCACAUAUCCAUUUGGUAAGUAGUUCUAUAAAUGAGAACAAUGCAGAGAUGUUAAAAUAAUCAAGUGAAGGCAUUAACUCACACAAGCCAACUAAACCUGCAUAACUAGUAUUUGGGGAUCACUAUUUUAUUUGCAAUUUCCUUGAUCCUCGUACCUCUAAUUACUUUAUUUCUUCGAACUUUAACAACUGUACCUCCCAGAGAUGAACUCAUUUAUUCUACACUUUGAGCUUGGUAUCAUAUCUAACCAUCCAUCAGCCAAAUUUUUCGGAAUGCCGAGAUGAAAAA